AUGCCAUGUCAAGCUAAGCAUCCCAAAUUAUUUCAACUCUCCCCAAAGGCUAAGGAUGCCAUGCAACUGCAAAAUGAGUACAAGCGAUGUUCAUGCGUGAAGCUGAAGCUUGAACAGUCCAUCGCAGAGCCUCCUGCAAAGUGCCACUGUGUUGCAGCACCUGAAGCAGGUCCUUCAGACUCCCAUGUGCCAGUGUCCAAUUCUCCAAGUGUCAUGGAAGGUCCAUCUGAUGACACACCCAACACUGCUGGUCCCUCAAACACACAAAAUUCUACAGCUGUUCCAGGUCCAUCUGACAUCACUCUUGGUCACACACCAGUCCAGGCUGUACUGUCACACCAGUUUAGCAACAUCUCUGUGACCACAGAACCUCCCCCUGUGACCUGCAAUGUCGAGGUCAUGACAGAAUGUUCAUGCAUCAAUCCCACUACCUCUUCAAACAAUGCUCCAGCACCCUCCACCUGUUUCACACCACCCAGAGACUUACCUGAUGACUCCAAAGACCUUGUGACCAAUGUCAUAGGGGUUCACAUGUCUUCAUUUUUGGAUACUGUCAAAUGGUCCAGUGGGUUCACCACUAUACUACCAUGUAUCUGGAAGGAUGGCAAAAACAUUUGCCAGGGAGACACUGAUACAGUCUGGUGUUUAUCCCAGCUUCCAGAAUCUGACCCUCAGUCAUCGUUGCACAUCAUUCAUAUACAUCAUCACAAUUGGUCCUCUAGACCAGACAAGCUACACAAUCUCAUUGUGAAAACUCUGCAUGAAGGAAAAUGCAUGGUGAUUCGGGGAGUUGAAAAAUCUCAGGUGGCAAAGCUUGAUGUAGACUACCUUGAAAAUUGCGGUUUCUCGUGGUUUAUGCAUGUCACUAUACAUGACGUCAAAGUGUGCACUAGGGAUUUUACAUACCCCCAAGUUGAGGGAAUGAUCAAAGAGUUCAUCCUCAACUUAGAUGACCCAAAUAAGAUACAGUUCAUCCUUGACCUUCCAUAUACAGGAAUGGGUAUCCCAGAACACUCGCAACUACUCAAUCAUGGCAUUGUUCAUGGGUGGAAUCAAACCACAGCCAAGUAUCCCAUCGUCAAUCCAGUCCAUCCCAAUAAUUUUCUCAUCAAUGGGUGGGCUUUGGCCCAUCACCUUGCCAUCCUGAUGAAUUUUCACCAUGACUCAGACAGAGAACAUUCUCUAGAGUUGAUGAACAUCCCCAUAAAACCCAACAAGAUCAAGGCCAACUGGAAUAUAGAGGUAGUUACUCUUGAGGAGGGUGAUAUGUUCAACAAGAAGAAAUCCCUCCAAUGGUCAACCACUGCACCUGCAAUCACAAUUUGUAAUGUGAUUGUCAAGCAUUUUUGGACAGACAUCAAAACCACAGUUUCAGUAUAUGUCAAGGGGCCUGAUAAGACUCAAGGCUGUCAGAGUCUAACACACCCAGGAGAGCUUAUAGACAGAUCAGAGCUUGCAAUUUGCUUAAAACCAUUUAGAAAGCUAUUAUGA